CUCGUCAGUCGACUCCUCCGAGCUUUGCCGAGGCGGGGAUUCACACAGCUCUCUUCUCCCGUAGAGUUAGUAUUGUGUCGGGAAGCUGCACCGAAGCUCCGGUCACUGAAAGGAACGGACCGCGCAGCUCACCGAAGCCGGGAUGAGCGGGACCUCCGCGGGGUCGGCCGCGGCGCCCUGCCGCUUCGCGCACUACUUUGUUAUUUGUGGAAUAGACACAGAAACGGGACUUGAACCGGACGAGCUAGCAGCUUUGCACCGGUGGCUAGAAGCAGACCGCCAAGGCAGGGAUCCAGAUACUGCACCUGCAGGUGAAAACUUUGAGCAGAGUCCCCUGAAGAGGACAUUCAAGUCCAAAGUUCUGGCACGCUAUCCAGAAAAUGUGGAGUGGAACCCCUUCGACCAGGAUGCUGUUAACAUGCUCUGUAUGCCUAAAGGUUUGUCGUUCAGGACACAGGCAGACCAGCGCGAGCCUCAGUUCCACUCCUUCAUCAUCACCAAGGAAGAUGGAUCUCGAACAUAUGGUUUCGUUCACACCUUCUAUGAGGAGGUGACCAGCCCACAGAUCUGCUCUGCUAUGCAGACUCUCUACCAGAUGCACAAUGCCGAGCAAACAAAUGCCACUUCUUCCUCCUCCUCUUCUUCCUCCAGCAUGGACUCGCUAGCCAGCAGUUUAGAUGAUGGUUACUCCCCCACCUCAUCAUCCUCAUCGUCUUUAUCUCGUGCAGCGGGGAGCUAUGACUCGUCACGGGACACGCUCUAUGUGUCCAAAGCCUUGUGUCUGAUCACGCCUAUGCCCUUCAUGCACGCCUGCCGCCGCUUCCUUGCACAGAUGCACUCUGCUGUUAUAGCUGCAACCACACCUCCCUUGCCACUGGAGAGCUACGUUUACAACAUCCUGUACGAGGUGCCACUGCCUGCUCCGGGGCGUUCACUCAAAUUCCACGGCAUAUACGAACCCAUUGUCUGCCAAAGGCCUGGGCCAGGAGAGCUGCCUCUGGCCGACUUCCCCCUGGCAGAGGCCUUUGCUCUGCUAGGCGUGGAAAACCUGGUCCAGGUGUUCACCUGCACCUUGCUGGAGAUGCAGAUCCUGCUGUACUCACAGGACUACCAGCGGUUGAUGACGGUGGCAGAGGGCAUCACCACCCUCCUAUUUCCCUUCCAGUGGCAGCACGUCUAUGUUCCCAUCCUGCCAGCCUCCCUCCUUCAUUUCCUAGAUGCACCUGUUCCCUACCUGAUGGGCCUGCAGUCCAAAGAGGGCACUGACCGCUCCAAACUUGAGCUUCCUCAGGAGGCCAACCUGUGUUUUGUGGAUAUUGACAACCACUCCAUCGAGCUUCCAGAGGACUUCCCUCAGUUCCCAAACAAGACCGAAUUCAUCCAGGAGCUCACUGAGGUGCUAUUAAGCUUUGGCAUCUCUGCCAACACUGGCGCCCCACCCCGGACCCGCUCCAGUCCUGGCAGCACCUCGUCCACCCCAGGAAGGGAACGCAAAUCUGCCACCCUUCGACAGCUAGAGGACGAUGGACGUAAUGGUAAUCUGGCAGGAGAGGAGCUAGUGGUGCUGGAGCUGCUGCAGGGAAAUGCUACACUGGAGAGACUGCAGGCACUGACUAAACGCACUGGGGUGACUGUGGCACGUGUGGACGCCCUGAGGGCUGGAGUCAAAAGUCAGCCCACCGAGGGGCAAGGAAACCAAAUAGGAGGUGAAGAAGAGGAGCUAAGAAACGCCAAACUAAACGUUCAGCUGAGGGAGGUGUUCGCCAGCCGCUUCACUACCAUGUUUGCAGACUAUGAAUCAUUUGUCAUCCAGAGCGCUCCUGAUCUGGAGUCCUGGCUCACCAACAGGGAGCAGAUGCACAACUUUGACAAGGCUUCAUUCCUGUCAGACCAGCCAGAGCCCUACCUUCCCUUUCUGUCUCACUUCAUUGAGACACAGAUGUUUGCCACCUUCAUCGACAACAAGAUCAUGUCUCAGUGGGAGGAGAAGGAGCCUAUGCUCCAUGUCUUUGACACUCGUAUUGACAAGGCACGCCUCUAUAAUAUCCGUGCUCCCAGUCUCCGAUCGUCCUGCUACCAGAGGUGCUCCAUCCUCAAAGAGUCUGCUCAGGCCAUUGAGAAGCGGCUGAUGAAGAUUGACCACACGGCCAUCCACCCACACCUGCUGGACAUGAAGAUCGGUCAGGGGAAGUACGAGCAGGGGUUCUUCCCCAAACUGCAGACCGAAGUGCUCAACACAGGACCAAGCAUUAACAAGUGGUGUCACAAAGCAACAACAGCUCAGCGCAGAAAAGAUCGCCACAGACAACAAACGGAACAUCUAACCCUUGAUAAUGACCUGAAAGAGAAGUACAUGCAGGAGGCCCGCAGCCUCGGGAAGAAUCUGCGACAGCCUAAACUCUCCGACCUGUCGCCUGCCGUGAUCGCCCAGACCAACUGGAAGUUUGUGGAAGGGUUGCUCAAGGAGUGUCGCAUGAAGACCAAGCGUAUGCUGGUGGAGAAGAUGGGCCGCGAGGCUGUGGAGCUGGGUCAUGGUGAGGCCAGCAUCACUGGAUUAGAGGAGAACACUCUGAUCGCCAGUCUGUGUGACCUGCUAGAGAGAAUCUGGAGCCACGGGCUGCAGGUCAAACAGGGGAAGUCUGCCCUGUGGUCUCACCUGCUGCACUAUCAGGCCCGGGAGGAGAUGCUGGCGCAGCAGGCUGACUCACCAGCGCCUCACAUUCUUGAGAGGAGGAAGUCUGAUAGCUCCAUAGCGAUGCCUUCUCUGCGUGUGUCUCUCAUUCAGGAUAUGAGGCAUAUCCAGAGUAUGUCAGAGAUCAAGACGGAUGUUGGCCGAGCCAGAGCCUGGAUUCGCCUGUCCCUGGAAAAGAAGCUGCUCUCUCAGCAUCUCAAACAGUUGCUGUCGCGACAAGCCUUAACCAAGAAGCUGUACAAACGCUACGCCUUCCUGCGCUGUGAGGAGGAGAAGGAGCAGUUCCUCUUCCAUUUGCUCUCUCUCAACGCUGUUGACUACUUCUGCUUUACCAGUGUCUUCACCACCAUCAUGAUCCCAUACCGAGUCGUCAUCAUCCCCAUCAAGAAGCUGAGCAACGCUAUGACCACGUCCAACCCCUGGGUGUGUGUCUCAGGGGAACUGGGAGACUCAGGCAUCAUGCAGAUCCCCAAGAAUGUAUUAGAAAUGACCUUUGACUCUGCUUUCAGGCCUCACACGCACAUCUCUGCCAUAUUCAAGUGUCAGAACCUGGGGAAGCUCACCACGGUGCAGCUGGGUCACGAUAAUGCCGGCCUCCUGGCUAAGUGGUUGGUGGACUGUGUGAUGGUGCGGAAUGAGAUCACAGGACACACCUACAGGUUCCCAUGCGGUCGAUGGCUCGGUAAGGGUGUGGAUGACGGCAGCCUGGAAAGGGUCCUAAUUGGGGAAUUAGUGUUGCCCAGCGGAGAGGAUGAUUCUGCAAGGGCCUGCCGUACACCCCCGCUACAGCGUUCACCUUCCCAGGGCAGACGCAUCAGCAUCACAUCGCUCACCGGACGAGAUACCAAGCUGAAUUCAGCACAAAUCCAAGAGGGGAUUGGGGAGGCAGUGAACAACAUAAUCAAACACUUCCACAAACCAGAGAAAGAGAGAGGCAGUCUGACUGUUCUGCUGUGCGGGGAGAAUAGCUUGGUUGCGGCUCUGGAACAGUUCUUCCAUCAUGGCUUCAAAUCUGCCAGGCUCUUCCAGAAGACUGUGUUUGUGUGGGACUUUGUGGAGAAGGCUGUUGCCUACAUGGAGUCAGCUGACCAGAUGGGAGACCUUCAGGAGACCACUGAGGCCAUGAAGAUGACCUGUCAGUCACUCUGUCAUUACUUCAAUGCGAUCAACUCCACCUCCAGAAACAUCGGCAAGGACGGAAAGUUCCAGUUGUUAGUCUGCCUCGGAGCCAGAGACCGCCUGCUGCCCCAGUGGCUCCCCCUGCUUGUGGAAUGUCCAGUGAUCCUGCAAAUGUAUGAGGACACAGCAAUGCUCAGAGACCCUUCCACUCUCAAUACCCUUAUAAGCGUCCUUGAGACACUGCACGACUUCUCCAUCACACUGGAAGCCUCACUGGUCAAAGGCAUCAACCUUUAGCUCCACAGGACUCCGGUUAUUUUUCUGUCCUCCUCUUCAGUUCACUCUGUCCGUCUAACUGUUAGCUCCUUGGCCUUGGGAUUAGAUGGAUGAUAGGGUUUGGAGGACAUUAAAUUGAAAGGACAAUUUGGGAACCAAAGUUCCACAUGUUCUCAUGUUGCUUGAUUCUUCAUGGGAGAUGCUAAAAUUUGUGGGUGAGCCAUGAGCUUGGAUGCAGUAUUUCCACUCUUCCUGUGAAUUUCAAAGACUUUUUAAGGCCAGACCAAGGAUCUGUAGUUUUUUACUUGAUAAACUAAUACUGUUCAUCACAGUGCACAAGUUUCUGCAGACAUAUCAGGUUUUAGAAGCACUUCCUGCCUUCCAUGUAUCCUAUGUCAUUUCAGUACACUUGGAAAAUGACUGUUUGGCUUCCUGCUCAUAUAAAACUCAAGCUGUAAGUCAAAAAUCUGUUUCAAAAAGACUUUUGCAAAGCAGUUAUUCACUGUCAUGUUUGAGGGAACUACUUUUUAUAUUCCCAAAAACUGUUCAUCUGGACGUAGCGGUGGCCAAACGUACGACUGAAGAAGUCACUUGGAUGAGUGACGAAACGUCCAGAUGAACAGAAUCCGCUUUGUGGGAUUUCCUUACCUUGAUGAUUGAGCAUGCAUCAAAAUACUUUCUAUAUUGUUUUUGCUUUAAGGUCUUUUCUAGGCUGCAGGAUUGUCGUUGCUAAUAUGAAUCACAGCAUCGUUCUGCCUUAUCGAUUCUCUUGAUGUACUGAAAUAUGGCUGCUUGGAAGAAAAACAAAAAAUUGAGUGCAUGCUGAAAUGACAGCAUAGAAACAUAACUGUAGCAGCAGACAUGUAACAGCUGUGUGUAGCAUAGCCCCCUUCAGUUGGUACGAGUAGAUGCAUUAUCUUACCUGUAGCUGUUGGUUAUAGUACCAUCAACCUAACUGUUGUUAGCGUGAGCGAGAAUGCUUUUGUGCACAGAAAGAAUACGAUGCCAUGAAGAGACUGAGGGAUCACUGACACAAUAGAAUAAGGAUUUUUUCAAUGACAGACUCAGUUUUAAGAGUUUAACCUGUGGCUAAACUCCUACCUACAUUAUGCAUCUACGUCUCACUUCACAGAUGUACGCAUUUAAGAUCAAGUUUUAAGGCUGUGUGCCUUACAAACUCAUUUACACUAUCUGCUUACACACAAAUUCAUUUAUGAUUUCUUGCCAGUUUGCCAGUUUCAACAACUAAGUAACAGCUAAACUGUAACAUACAGGCUCAUCUAAGAAUGAAAAAUGAAUUUCAGCCGUUCCUCAUGGUUGUUAUCCAAUCAUCUUAAAGUAGACCUAUUCUUCUCAUUUCCAGCUCUGUGUCUUUAUUCUGAGGCUUACUAAUAGCAUUUAAAAAAGAAAAUGUUUUCAAUUGUCUUAUGUUGACCCUUCUGUGUAGAUCCCUUGCUAAAUCUAGUGUGUGAAAUGAGCCUUUUGACUCCUGUUUGUCCGUUGUAUUUUAAUUGGGCAUAAGCUCUAUGGAGCCUACACAAACAGGCUGAUGUCAGCUCGUUGUGAAAGUAUGAGUAGGCUGAAGCCUGGAAUCUUGUGAAACGUAUAACAAUAUAAAGCUCCCUUAUUCAGAAAGAGUUGCAAACACAUAUUAGAUUUGGCAGAUUUUUGUUGUUUUUUAUAAAGACUGGAUGCUCUUCCUGAUGCACUCCAAGGGAUUUAUGCCUUUUCCUUGAAACCAGCGUGUGUGGGCCAAAAGUGUGAACCCCUACACUAUGGAGAUACCUAACACAUUAACAAUAUACGACAGAAAUUAAUUCAAGCAUAACAUUAAUGAAUUAAAGUCCUGGCAGUUAUUAAACUUUUCCACAAAACAACAAAAACAAUAAUCAGUAUACACAGUUCACUGCAUAAUUCAUAUCAUACAUCAGGAAUAACCUGAAAUUUUAGAAUGUUUACUUCACAAAAUGACGUUACUAUAAACACGACUGAUGUAAUAGUACCCAUUUGUCACAAAUUAGUAUUGAUUAUUGUUUUUAUGACUUAUUUAUUCAUCUACCCAAAAAGUAACAGAAUAGCAAUAAAAGUAUCGUACCAUCUUUGACGUGUGUACUAAAGCAUAGGAAGCGAGAAGUAGCAGGUUUAUGGUCUUAACAACUUUCAUGCUUGUGUAUGUGUCAUGAUUCCCCGUAAAGUCCCACUUCAAGCCAGUCACAGGUUACGUUUUUAGUCCCUGUGUAACAGCCCCAAUAGCACUGGCUGUUUAUACACUUUUUAAAAUCUAGAUUUUAUUCUUUGUAAUAAAGCAAACUAGCCAAUUGUCCCUUCUUCCAGUAUUCAUGCUAAGCUAAAUGUUCUUUAAUUGUUAAAAGGGGGUUUUAUGUAAACCGCAGACUUGUCAUAAAUGGAUGAAUUUCACAAUUAGAAUUGUUAACCUUGUUUUCUGUGGUCCAUAAAUGUGUCAUGAAGGAACGCGCCAUAUUUUUGUUUCACCUCCUCUAAAUGUGUUCAAAAUUUAAAUAUUUUUUGGCAGCAGAGAGUAAAAUGUCUAGAAAUGUGUAUUUUGGGCAGAUGUCUUAUCUUUGAACUUUUGCAGCAUUAGCAGUUUUGCAAGUGUUGCCUCUUACUAAAUGGAUACUUUCUGGUGUACAUGUUGUCAACGCAUGAUGUCAUUUAAGCCUCAGCUGUAUUCAUGUGGCACUCUAAUGGAUUAUAAAUAGCAGUGGAGUGUAUCUGCUUUGUUACGACAAAAUGUGGACACGGUUGCAUUUCUGCUGUUUCCAGAACGGAGUAUGUGAUGGGCAACACAUCCUGCCUUCCUGUGUUUUUAAUUUAUAUUGAUUUUGACUGUCUGACAGUAGCACUGGUGUUUUAUGGCGGACAAACCUGUGGAGUAAGUCGAUGCAUCCUAUGCACCUUUAAAGUAACCACUAUAUCUCAUUAAUGUGCCCCUGGUAAUUAACCUGUGGGACUAUUGACAGCUCCAAAGCACAGCAGUGGAUUCCUCCACCUCUUCCUGGAUUUCUUUAUGUACGGACUAUUUUUCUGGCGGCACCAGAGACGACAUGUGGAAGAUGACCAUCCACCCUAGUAGUCGCAUUUCAUGUCAGCAUUGAGACUGACUGCUCUCUACUGAUAUUUAUUGUUCCUCAAUAAAACACCCAAGUCUAA